AAUUUUAAUGAGUGUCACUGCAAUGACAUAAAACUAAAGAUUGUUGAAAGAGUAUUGAAUAUUGACGAUAUUUGCUAUUAAUGAAAAAAGCUUUGAAAAAUAAGUUAUCCGGUACAAAGAAACUAGUGAGAAGUGUGUUGUCAAAACCAUCAGCUCCAUCACCAUCUCAUGAUUCUAUUUCGCAUAAUAUAGAAGGAGACAUGGCGGAAGAAACGGAUUUAUUAAAAAAUGAACUAGAGGCCCUGAAAGAUCAGAUUAUGAACCUGAAAGCAGCUAUUCAAACAUUGCAAAACGAAACAGAGCAAAAAGAAGUCUACAUCGCAAAUUUGGCAAGAGAGAAAGAAACUUUAGGCCUAGACCUUUUGAAAACAAGAAGAUCAAAUGUUAGCUUGACGCAACAACUGGAAGAAGAGCGAAAAUACUAUUUCAAAGAAAAAGAGAUAUACUGUAAAGAAAUGAAUGAAUGCAAGAAGCUCAAAAAAAUUCUGAGUAAUUCUGUUACGAGUUGUGAAGAAAGGAGCGUCGAGUGGUACAGAAACGAAAUUUCAAAGUUGAAACAAACUUUAAAUGAAACUUUGGAAGCAAAUUACAAUUUGAGUAUAAAAUUUCUACGCAUGAAGAAUACGAAAACUUGUCUAAAAACAGAGUUGCAAACUACAAAGCUGGAACAUGAGAAGUUGCAAAAUGACUAUAAAACGAAAAUUGAGAAUCUUACGACAGAGUUGAAUGAUCUGGUAAAUGAAAAAAUGAGUACCACACAAUGUUCUCCAAGCAGCAAGAAAUAUUUGCAGCUUGUGAAGCAAAAUAGUUGCUUAGUUUAUGAGAAUCUCUGUCUACAAUUGGAGGUAGAUAAUUUGAAUUUGAAAUUUGAGAAGUUGAAGCUUGAAAAAACUAGGAGUGAAACGAAUGAUAAUUUGAAAUACAUCCAUCAUGGCAAUUCACAUGGUUCACGAAGUGUCAGAAUUCAAAAUGAAACCCCAGAAAAGUUGGAAAAAGUGGUGAAUAAGCCUUGCUGCAGCAAAAGUCAGAUCAAAGAAGAUGAGAAAAUUGUCAAAAUAUUCGAAAGAAAAGAAGCCCCUGGAAUUCCGAACAUCAAAAUCAUAAAUGAAAAGAAACAGAAGGAGAAGAAACCGAGGAAAAAGAAGAUCAGUGGUCAUGGUAACGACCAUCAUAAUCAACCAACUAUUGCCAAAACAGAAAAUCUCCUUCAAACGGAUAUUUCCUAUAACUAUAAAGAAAAGAUCAACAAAAACUCUGCCAAAUUAGAUCUCUUUCAAGUUUCAAAUAUGCACUCGGUAGUUUCUAGUGAAUUUGUAUCUGCUGCUUCGACUUCAAGUGGUUUGAAAAAAAGUUUGUCAACUCCAGACAUAUUACAGCAUUUUGAAUUUAAGGAAAAUCCAUAG